AUGUCACACAAGGAGGAGGAGAAGGAGGAGGAGAAGGGCGACGAGAAGGACGACGAGAAGGACGACGAGAAGGACGACGAGAAGGACGACGAGAAGGACGACGAGAAGGACGACGAGGAGAAGAAGGAGAAGGAGAAGAAGGACGGGGAGAAGGAGGACGGGGAGAAGGAGGACGGGGAGAAGGAGGACGGGGAGAAGGAGGACGGGGAGGAGAAGACGCACAAGAUGGAAGAUGGAAAAGGCGCUAUCCGCAAACGGAAGAGCGGAACCGACUGUGUGAAAGAGCGGAAAAGUGUAAGCAAAAUUGGAAAAGUCAAAAGUGAAAGAGCGGCAGAGUGA